UGAAGUAUUAUAGCUCGUGUUUGGGUCACGGGACUGAAGGACCCCGCGCGUCUCUCUGCGUGCUUGCUGAGCUCGAGGAGGCUGUAAGAGGAGCGCGAGCUGUGAUUGUUUUCUACUCAUUCAUUUCUCGGAGGGGCGGAGUUAGCGGAGCCAGAGAGGGGGUCAUAACAAAAUGUGUGUCCCCGACUAAAGCAACAUUAUUUCCGCCCUGGUCCGGUGCUGUCCUGAACAUCUCUGCGAGGAGCUUUUUUUUUUAAAUGGACUUUCAAACGAGGCUGAGCUGAUAGUUGUGACUGACAGUCUGAACCGAAGCAGAGGAUGGAUGGAAACUUUUCACCGGCUGCUAUCUUAUCAAUAGUCCUGCUGGCCGUCGUGUUGUCAUCCUCCACAGCUUCUCUGGAGCCUUUCGACCUUUUAUAUGACGAUGCGGUGCAGGCGUUUUCCGACAGCGACUAUCACAGUGUGGUGCGCUACAUGGAGGGAGCGCUCAACAGCUACACUGAAGUCCGGCGCACCAAAGUCCGGUGCAGGCUGAUGUGCCAAGAUCAGCAUCCGUUUGAUGAGACCUUCUCGGACCUGCGCUUCCCCGACGUGGUCCUUCACAGAGCGGCGUGUAUGAACAAAUGCAUCGAGGAGAAACUUGGCACGCAGUCCAUGCAUAAGGUCAACGAGGAUGUAGUGCAGGACUUCCACAGGAGGAUCCCCUACAACUAUCUUCAGCUUGCUUAUCAGAAGUUGAAGCAGCCUGAUAAGGCGGCAGCGGCAGCUCACACCUACUUCCAGGCCAACCCAGAACAUGUGGAGAUGGGUCAGAACCUGGAGCAGUACAAAAACGUGGAGGGUGUUGAGGAGGAACACUUUGUGGACCGUGAAGCCCGGCCUCACCAGCACUCCUUCACAGCGGCGGUGAGGUUGUACGACAAAGGCGACUACGAAGGAGCCAUCGCUCUGUUUGAGGAGGCUCUGGUGGAGUACUAUAAAGCAGACAUGGAGUGUCGAGCCCUGUGUCAAUGGCCUCAGAGGUUUGAGGGCUAUGAUUACCUCCGGUACCGUUACAGCCUCUAUGAAGUCAUAUCAGAUCAUUUCACUCAGGUGCUGCACUGUGAACACGAGUGUGUUCGAGACCUCGCCACCCGCCCUGGCCGCCUCUCCCCAAUGGAGAACUACCUGCCUCUGCACUACGACUACCUCCAGUUUGCCUACUACCAGGUGGAAAAGCUGGAGGAGGCGUUACAGUGUGCUCUGACAUACCAAUUGUUCCACGAGGAAGAGGAGUUUGUGAUGGAAAAUGUGGAUUACUACAGAGAGGUGCUCGGACAUGAUGGCAAGCCAAGAGAGAAAGCUGCAUGGUACCUAAGGAGGCACAAACAGGAACUGGAGCUCCUGCUGAUUGGCAGUAAAACCAUGGGUGUGGAAUUUACUGAAGGGAAUUACUGGAGCAGCACAGGUGGAAGAGAUGACUCAAACAGGAUUCCCUCUGGUACAGACGGCUGGAUGGAGUAUGUUCCAAUCUCGGAGAAGAAGAACAUCACAGUCACUGCUCCACAGCAUCUUAAAGAAGGUGGCUCCCUGGUGUAUGACAGUGUGCAGCUGGUGCAGAACUCUGCGGCCUUAAACGGGACCCAACGGGUGCUGCUGGAUCAUGUUAUAUCUGAGGAGGAGUGCUCAGACCUCAGACACCUGGCACAUGCUGUCACCAUGGCAGGAGAUGGUUACAGAGGGAGGAUGUCUCCACACACGCCUAAUGAGAAGUUUGAAGGAGCCACUGUCCUCAAGACACUGCAGUACGCUUACGAGGGCAGAGUGCCAAUGAGGAGCGCUCGUCUGUUCUACGAUGCCAGUGAGCGAGCAAGACGGAUUAUCGAGUCUUACUUCCAGCUCAACUCCACCCUGCACUUCUCCUACACACACCUCGUGUGCCGGACAGCCAUCACAGGUCAGCAAGAUCACAGGAAUGACCUAAGCCAUCCCAUCCAUGCUGACAACUGUCUGCUGGACCCCGAGGCCAAUGAGUGCUGGAAAGAACCACCAGCAUAUACAUACAGAGACUACAGUGCACUGUUAUAUCUAAAUGGAGAUUUUGAUGGAGGGGAGUUCAUAUUCACAGAAAUGGAUGCCAAAACAGUCACGGCAUCAGUGAAGCCUAGAUGUGGCAGGAUGGUGGGUUUCUCAUCAGGAGGGGAGAAUCCACACGGCGUCAGGGCCGUCACCAACGGGCAGAGGUGUGCUGUCGCACUGUGGUUCACCCUGGACCCACUCUUCAGAGAACUGGAGAGACUGCAGGCAGAUGAGGUGAUCCAGGAGUUAGACGUACAGGCUGUGUGGGGUCAAGGCCUCAGCAUCAACCCUAAAGAUGAACUGUAGAAGCAGAAAAACAGCUUCACCCUGCCCCAUGUCCUUCUAUCAAAUGGUUCUAUAUAUUUUAACUAUUUAUUGAAUUGACCUUUGGAUCAGAACAUUUCUAUUUUUGUACUGUUUGAAGUGCAAGAUUAAUAAUAUUGUCAUUUUUUGUGUUGUCACUCGUAUUUCUCUACACACCAGUACUUGAGUUUACCUUCAGUUCUUUAUCUUUCCUUCCAGUAACAACCUCUAGUAGAGAAAAAAUCUAAUUCACAUUGUUUUCUUGCACCUGGUGAGUUGGCAAAGUUUCAUGUAAGACUGUUCGUACCUGUAAUCUCUCUGAACUGUGAAGAAGCCAAAGAGAAGAACGGUGGUUGACAUUUUUUCUUCUUUUUUUAAAAACCUUUAGUCAGUCUUGUUCUUGACAACAUAUUCAGUUUAUCAAAAACACUAUGUACAGAUAUUAACAAAUACCUUAAUUCAGUGGUCAGUAGUUACAAAAUAAUUUAGAUUCCGUCUUCACUGGUACUGUUACAUAUGCUAUUACUAACUACAUGUUAUUCAAUAAUGUUUUCUUUAUUUCAGUGCCGGUAAUAAUUAUUUUCAACGUAGGCAGUGCACUGUUUCUGAUCUUCAAAUAGCUCUCAUACAAAAACUUAAAAGCUAAGAAAGAGAUAUGUUCUAAUAUGCUGAAUAUUUAAUGAUCAUGCACUCUGUCUUUCUCUGUGUGUCAAGUCUGAAACUGAAAAUGUCUUUUGUCCACUUUUCUUCUUGUUGUUGGCGUGAUGACCCACUCCUUCUUCUUUUCUGGGCACACAGAGCAGAAUACUGGUUUACAUGUUCACUGACAUGAGAACAUGGUCUAUGUGUUUGAGGUUUACUUUAAUUUAUGUGUUUUUAAUAAUAGACAGCUGCUGUUGUAACUGUCGGCAUUUAAUAUGAGGAACUUUUAUUCAUAAAAGAUGUCAAUCGUUCCUGUUUCAAGGAAUACAUAUUUGUUCGGUCUUUUAUCUCUUUAUAUUUGUGUUGAUGAUACAGGUGAUAGGCCGAGUCGUGCACUGUAAAUCCAAUGGGAAGAAAUAUACAAAGAGUAGCUUUUUUUUAUUUUUUAUUAGAUCGAUUCAAACUGCUAACCAGAAACUUAAUCCUGUCAUUUUGUGAGGUUAGUCACUUUUGUUUCACUGAUAUUUAAUUCUGAAAUGCUGUAGCACACAAAUGUAUGUGUACAUGCCUAUAAAUUAAAAAUAUAAUAUUCCAUAUCUUUA